AUGGCCUCCACCACAAAAGUCGCCCUCGCCGGAGCAACAGGCAACAUCGGCGUCCCCACGCUCAAAGCGCUGCUGGCAGCAAACCACGACGUCGUCGUACUCACGCGCAAGGGCUCCAACAGCGCGUCUAAACUCCCCCAGGCAUCAAACCUCACGAUCAAGGAAGUCGACUAUAAAUCCGUCGACGAGCUCACCUCGGCGCUCCAGGGCGUCAAGGUGGUGGUGUCCACCCUCGCCUCGGCCUCGAUCGGCGAACAGAACCCUCUUAUCGACGCCGCCGUCGCUGCGGGAGUCGAGAGGUUCCUCCCCUCCGAGUUCGGCUCCGACACAGUCAACCCGGUCACCUCGAAGAUGCCGGUCUUCAAGUACAAGGUCGAGACGCAGGAGUACUUGAAGGAGAAAGCCGCGCAGAACCCGUCGUUCAGCUACACCCUCGUCAUCACGGGCCCGUUCUUCGACUGGGGCCUCGAGCACGGCUUCAUCCUCAACCCGAAGGGCCACUCUGGCACGCUGUGGAAUGGCGGGGACGUGAACUUUUCGACCACGACGCUGGCGUCGAUCGGCCAGGCCGUCGUUGGCGUCGUGGCCCAUCUCGACGAGACCAAGAAUCGCGCCGUCUAUGUCCACGACGCGGUCACCACGCAGAACAAGCUGAUCGCGUAUGCCAAGGAGAAGGACGGCAAGGAGUGGGACACCACCGUGAAGAGCACCAAGGACGUGUACGACGAGAGUCUGAAGGAGUUGCAGAGCGGCGGAGACAUUGGGAAGGCCAUGGUGGGAUUCAUCCUCUCGGGCAUCUUUGGUGGUAAGGAGACGGGCGGCAGCUUUGAGGGGAGAGACGACAACAAGUUGUUGGGCUUGAAGGGUUACUCCGAGCACGAGGUCAAGGCUCUGGUGCAGAGUUUCGUGUGA